AUGGAGGAGAACGGAAUCGACACGGAGGGGCAGGAAUACCCCAGUGCACAGGCCUUCUGGGAGGCGGAGCUCAGCGGCGAGGGGCCGUCAGCGUGGUACAGCAAGGCGCUUAAGUACUGGGACCAGCAGGAGCCAACGUACAAUGGUGUGCUGGCAGGAUACGGCCACCUAUCCCGCAUCGACCUCAUUGACAGUGCAGCGUUCCUCAAGAGGGUUUUUGCUCAGCUCUUCAAGGAGAGGCGACAUGAAGGAGCAACAACGCGGUCAGUAGAUUGUGGUGCUGGAGUGGGUCGUGUGUCAGAGCAUGUGCUGCUGCAUGCUUUCGACGAGGUUGACCUCCUGGAGCCGUCCAAGCCGCUGCUGGAGGAAGCGCGACAGCGUUUGGCAGUGCCAAAGGCAGGCGAACCACUUGGCAAGGCAACCAAAUUCAUCUGUACUGGGCUGCAAGACUUUGAACCAGAGGCCCGAAGAUACGACUGCAUCUGGCUCCAAUGGGUCAUCCUGUGCAUCACAGAUGACGGCGUUGUAAACGCGUUGACGCGGUGUAAAGAUGGUCUACGGGACGGAGGCUAUAUCAUUGUAAGGGCCCGCGUCCAUGUUUGCAUUUUCUGCCCAGAGAAUGCAGUUGUUUGCAUCGCACCGAUUCUGCGGGCCUUUUUGGCAACCUGUCAGUUGUAG